GAAUAUAGAUAGAAAAAUCAAAACAUUAGUCAUUACUCAUAUUCAAAACUUCAAAAGUUAAAAAAAAACGGCUUCCUCGGCGGUCCUUUACGGUAAUGCUCAAAAUUCGAAACUAUAGUAUUUUUAAUGUGUCAGAUGUCAACCAAUGUAUUUUCGAACACGCUUGGGUCAUUGAAAUCGAGUAAGAACGAGUCACUUCCGUCAUAGAUCUAAAUCUUGCUGGAACACCAAGCAUGUGUUGUGCUACUUACAGUGAUAAUUAUUGUAUUUGUAUUUCUUAAUUCACAAAUGACUGCUUUAACAAUUUUUAGUAUCAUACUACAAAUAGCAAUAGGUAGAUUAAUCUAUUUUAUGAUUAUAAUUUAUAAUAAUAGGUACUCAUUGAUAUUAUGCACUCUUAUUUAAUAUUACGUAGGGUCGUAGGGAAGACGUUACACAAUUUUGGAGGCAGUUGAAAAAAAAUCCAAUCAAAAUAUAUCUGCUUGGCACUCAAGAGCUCAGUUAUUUUUCUUACUUUCAUGUAGUUGAAAAAAUGUCAGAAUUUGAGUACACCAGUUCAAGUAACGAUGAAAGCAGUGAAUACGAAGAGGUGGUUUUCCCAAUUCCAGCCAAACAGAAGAAAUAUGCCAAUAACGCUAUCAAAGUUUCUAGGGAACUGCGUACCUUCUAUUCAAAUUUAUUCAUCGAUUCUUUUAACUUAAUUGACUUGUUUAUCAAAAGUAAAACAUUAACAUACUGUUCGUUUUUAGAACUUUUUAGUUCUACUAAGUUCCAUGAAAUUUAUGCUAAGCACAAUAGGGAAAAGAAUCAUCAUACAUAUCUAGCUCCACAUCAUUUCAUCGUAACCACACAGGACUCUCUUGCAGUGGCAUCUAAGUUUUUGAGAUCUAAAUCGAGAGAAGCACGAAUAGGUGCCGUUUACUUAUUGUACACCAUUAACAGGACUCAGCCAUUUAAACAUUACCUGAUCAAUAUAAAAAUGGUAAGUAAAGACUACUUCAAUACUAAAGAAUUGGUCAACAGUUGUUUUAAUGAAGGUCUGCGAGACCCAGCCUACUGUUUUUACCAACUGGAUAUCAAAAGAAAAAUAACAAUUACAGCUACAGCCAUCAACCCUUGCUUAGAAGCCAAUUAUCCAAGAGCUGAGGUCCGCAAAUUUAUGGGCCGUGUCGCUGAUAAAUGUUUUAAUGUUCAAUACGAAGAGCGCAAAGACUUUGAUCCAUCCAAUAGACUACAACUCAUGGAGUAUCAGAUGCGGAAUGAAUUGGCAUACAUAAACAAAUUGAGUAAAUUGUCUUUGGGUCAUGGAGCUGCUUUUGAAUAUAAGCCAGAACUUUCUAAAGCGAUAGUAGAGAUAAGCACUGCUAAAACUGUUACUACAGUCAAUCAAAAAAACAAUGAAAUUGAACGUAAAAAAAAAAACAGGUAUAAAAAUACUAAUAUCAGAGCUUUCCCAGGUAGAAAUGAAGAUAUGCUAAAAGAUAUGGUUGAAUUAUCAGAACCACCAAACCUUGAAAAAAAUAUCAAUAUUUGUCAUCCGAAAAAGAAACUAAAGCUAUCCAGGAGACGAAUAAAAAAGCAUAUCACAAAAGCAGAACCACAGGAUACUGUGACAUCAUUACCAAAAUUAAGCGCUAUGAUAGAUUCGGAUUCGACAUGCCCCAGUAUUAGUAGUGACGAUGAUGAUUAUUAUGGAAACACAUACGGAGAUAUGAUAUGGCGUAUUCUGGAAGGACAAGAAAUCAAUGAAGUUAUUGAUCAUUCAACUAUCAACCAAGGGGAAAAAAGUGAAAUUUGAAUAAUUUUAUAUUUUAGAUUAUGAUUUAAAUGUAUAUUGAAACUAUUUAUUUAAUUAAGUAUUAUUUUUAAGACUAAAUUAUGUGUAUGUAAGUAAACAUAGUUAUAGAUGAACGAAAAUAAAACUGUUAUAUAUGUUA